AUGAAAUCCAAGGAAAGGAAUCAGAAGUUGUCCAAUGGCCGCCCCGAUACUGCCAGUACCAUCAAUAAUCCCAGCCACUGUAGCUUGGGUGCGAGAGCUCCGGAGCUCCGCAUAUUGACCGAUAUCACCAGCUAUUACAGCACUAAUCAAUACAGCCGGCCCACCAACAAAGAAUCCGGCAAGAGCCAUCACCAAACCAUUAACAUCUUUCGGGUCACCGGGCGUAAAACGAUAUGC